AUGUGGGGCAUUGCCUUAUUGAGUGCAUGGCUGGCGGUUGGAGAAUUUGCAUAUGGCGCAGUACCAAAAGUGCCUGGGCAUGCUCCUAUCUCCUCGCAUCAAGACCUGUCAGCCAAAGUCUCCAGCAGAUAUAAAGCAGUACCAAAUGGGGUGGACUGGUAUGAUACUGACGGAGAAACGAUUGGAGCCUGGGGUGGGAACAUAUACUUGGAAGACUCGAUGUAUUAUUGGGUUGGACAGAGUGCGCCUUCCAUCACCAAUCAGACAAGUCCUGCAUUGGUCAACGUUCCAAUAUCAGUCUAUACUGCCGACGUUGAGGGAAAUCGUCCUUUGGCUUACAGUCUCGUCGAGCGGCCCAAACUCAUGAAGUCAAAGACGACUGGCAAAUAUAUCAUAUGGGCUGUAUGUAGCCUCCCCCUGCCUAACGUUGUCACUCUAUCAAACACAGGGAUUGAAUUCUUCAUAGCACUGGGAAAUGGCAAACUCGUAUAG